CAACGAAAAUGUAACGACCAAUAGAAAUGGCAGAACGCUGUGUGAUCCUUUAUUUGUCCUCAAAAUGUGAUUUACAUAUGAUCUUGAGGAGUGCAGCUGUUCUGGUAUGAAACACAACUGACAUCUCAUUUGAAUAAGAGAGUGAAGUCUCCCUGGCGUGAACGGCGAGGAUUCACGUUAAGGUUUAUUUAGAUACCUCUAAGAGGCCUUAAUAAUGUAAGGUUUCGAACCCAGGUAUUCCGUAUACAACAUUCAAUUGAAAUAUAAUGGUUAGUAAACCAAAAGAUUCUUCUUCUGAAGAGAAACUGUUAUCAACGGCGAGGGAAAUUGACGGCGCGGAAGAACUGGAUGAAAAUGAGCGACCGGAGGAGCGGAAAAGAACUAUUCUCGCAUUUUUUAUGUUUGGGUUACUCAUCUACGCAACGUACUCUCUGAUUAUCGCCGGAGCACAAGAUAUUCUACAGGGGACUCUGGUUCCAACAUCGGCCGUUCUGGUAGCGAAUAUCGGGCCUUACUUCCUCGUCACUCUCGUAGCACCGUACUUCAUACAGAAAGUACCGUACUUUCCUCGCGUCUUGGCAAUAUUCACGCUUGAAGUUGCUGGCUUGAUCAUGGUUGUCGUAGGCAAACAUGUGGCUAUAAAGCUGUUCGGAGUGUCUCUUUCGUCAAUCGGGUUCGGCCUAGGAGAGCUUUCCUUUAUUGCUAUGACUUCGCAUUAUCAUGAAGUGGCGGUGAGAGCGUUUUCGGCGGGAACCGGAGCAGGGAUUUCACUCGCCCCUUUGUACUAUACAGCCAUGACAACGUGGGCGUGUAUCCCUCCCAACACGGCCAUCUCCAUCAUGGCGGUCUGCAUGGUCCUUAUCCUCGCAUUCUACGGCAUCAUGGACCGGCGACACUCAGACGAACCCCCCUCCCCUGGUGAUAGCUUUAUGACGGUGCCUUACGCCCCCCUGGGGGACGACUCCAAUGAUGAAAAAUCCGGUGGGGCCAUGACAUGGAAAGACAAGGCCUACGCUGUGCGUGGUAUAUUACCCAUAAUGCUCUCUGUCAUCUUCGCGUGGAUCGCCGAGUACCUGAUCAUUCAAGCCGUCAUCACUACCAUAGCAUUCACCAAUGCACCCUUCCCCCCACGGGACCACUAUCAGUACUACAUCUUCGUGUUCCUUGGAGGCGAGCUUUUUGGCAGGUCAUACCUCGUGCUGAUGUCGUUCUGGAAACCUCAGUGGAUCCCGCGCCUCAUCAUUCGCCGGCUGUGGAUCCUCGCUCUCGUGGAGAUUGCACACUUAGUGUUCUUCGCCUUCGCCGCGUGGUACCGCUUUCUGCCCUCUGUCGCCAUUCCCCUCAUUCUAGCAUUCACCGCUGGCGUCAUUAUCGGCGUGAUGUAUGUAAACAUGCUGGCAGUGUACACGGAAGAGUCGGACCCAGUCCAGCGCGAGUUUGUCCUUGGCUACGCCUCGGCAGCAACUGGCUGUGGUGCCCUAACCGCGGGGCUCCUGGGCCUAGCGAUAGAACCAUGGUUACGUCAUCACUGUCUCCAGGUCUCCGCGUCCAGUGAUUACUGCUUUACACGUGCUAUCGACGGAGUCUGCUUCAAAAAAAACCUUUGAUCACGUGAUCAAUGACCACGUGAUAUGUCAUUCGUGCCAUGAUUGGCUCAUACUUAAAUACGAAUGAUUCAUCAUAAAGUGUUCACAAUUGUGAACCAAGCAUAUGAACAAUCUGAUAAUAGUGUGAUAAUCAAAAGCCUUGUCUUCAGGGUCCCUCGGUCAAUUCAAAAUGAAAGAGCCUGGGAAAUGCAGGAAAUUAACGAGAAACGAGUAUCAAUUUUAUGAUAAGAUAGCCUUGCUUAAACCAGUAAGAGAAUUAAAAAAGAGGUGGACUCUGGGUUUUUAGAGAAUAUAUAUAACAUAUUUAUGGGGAAUAUGUGAAAGCUCUUAUAAAGGGCUAUUUAUUGAAAAUGGGAGCUAUCACAGGGAGUAAAAAUGUCUUUAUUUUAUUUCAAGAAUAAAAAAGUUAUUUUCUGUUUA